AUGCCGCCUCGAAAGAAGGCGAAGGGCUCUGCCUUAGCUCAGGCAUUUGCUGCAGGAGCCUACACUCCGGCAUCUGCGACGACGGUUGAUGACCUGCCUCGAUUGCAACUAGAUGCCAUGGACUUGGUUGAGGGCAUCUAUUCCUUGAGGCAUGCAAAGCCCACCGAUGUGCACACAGAUCCUCUUUUCGGGAUGGUUCCAAAGGACGGGCUAUAUCCAUGGCCCAUCUGUCAUGGUGGCACGUUCAAAGACAUCGCACAAAGAGCUUUUGAGGACAGUGAUCGUCUUGUCAGCAUGUCCACGGAGUUAGCCUUCCAAGCAGGCCUGCUUGAAGUCCAGGAUGAUGCCGAGUUUUUGCAGCACUACUGCAAACUGGAUGCUUGGCCACCUGAAAAGUCAGAAGCCUUCGAGACGUCCGUGCUGGCUUGGAGCUUUGCGGAUCAGAGCUUUUGGCGAGGACAUGCCAUCGCGAUGAGCGAAGUGGUGAACUUCGCACGUGCAAUUGCUGCAAGUCGAUUCCACGAGGGGGAGACGGUGACUCUUCGGCUUCCAUGUGCACCGUUGAAGCCGGUGAACCUUGCCAUCGGAUCUUUGUUCUUCAGUGAUGGGUCUCAGAAAACCCUUGGAGCCUUUAUUGUAUGGAUUGCAUUGUGCCUGGCAGCUGGGAGGGAGAGCAACCAGGGAACGUUUGGGAACGAUGCCAAUGUGCAAGCAUUGCUGGGUUCGCUUUUGCGAAUCAGAACAGUUCUCAAAGGAAGCUCUGGAUCUUCAGAUGAUCUGGACAGUGCUGUGGCAAGGAUCGUGAAGCAAAACUUAGAUUCAAAGGUCCAGCCAGUUAGCUCUUUGGCUUGGUGCUCCAUUUUGACUUCGGUGUGCGAUGGCAGUACUGGUUCAUUUGACUCAGCGAUGGCCAAGUACAACGCACACCCCGAGGCAGUGAAGAACCUUCUGAACUCCACUGCUCCGGACGCGUUCAAGGAGUUGCUUCGUAGCACACACGACCUGCCAUUCAGCCACGGCCCCUUCGGGGAAGCAUUUUGCGCUGUUGGGGCUAUGUUCAUCGGAAGCGUUGGCAAGCUGGAAUCCAUGGAUGCCGAGUAUGACUCCAUGCAGCCGCAGCCACUGCCGCACGAAGCGUUCAUUACCAUCGAUUGGCAGCUCAGUAUGACUCCCGAGGCGCAGACACUCCUGUUCCGGCGGGUGAGGAUCACCUUCGACCGGGUGACGGGAAUGGUUCCACAGAAUUUGAAGAAACGGUAUCGUAUGGGGACAGAGGAACUCCUACGGGUCAGGAACAUGGUUGUAAUAUUCAGCCAGAUUUUGGGACACCUGCGGGCUCGGCUGAGCACAGAAGAGGUGGCAAGGUGGAUUGAAGAUGUUGAGACUGGCAUGGGCCGAGAUGAGGACCUGAUGCACUUGUUGCACCGCAGGCCCAAUGUUUUCUCUCUUUCCAUGCUCCUCUCGCACCAAGAGAAGGCCUCGGAAGACUUGCAGGAGUUAGAGAGGAAAAAGGUAGAGCAGGUUGAGUGCCAGCGUCAGGAAGUUCUGGCUGCACAGUGGAAGUACUUCUGUGCUGCCCUGGAGAAGGACCAGGAGGGAUUGACGAUUGUUCAGAGAGCACCAGCCCAAGUUCGGCAGAAGCUCCAUGUGAAGCAGGUUGCGCAUCGCGGGAAAGCCAUUGCUGCGGCAGAAGCAGCAUGCGCGGGAUACCAGGAGCGGAUGACUAUUCUUUCGAAGCCACAUGAUUUUAGCUUAAUAUGA